CUCCGCCUGUUGCCAAGAUACGGUAUUCAAUCAUGUCGCCCGCAGUAUCAGAGGAGUAGACUCUUAUGCAGCAUUUCUCUGCUAAAAAUGGCCGAUAAUCCAGACACGGUGUCUGAUGCAGCUGAAGACCAAGACUUAGUGACACCUGUUGCAGAACGCCGGAUAAAGGAUAAAGAAAACAUGGAAACAGCUAUAAAAGAAGACGAUUAUGUGACUGAGAAUGAAUUUGAGGACAGUGAGGAAAAGGUUGAGGAGCUUGGUAAGGAAACACAGGAAGAGGAUGAUGUGGCAGAUGUGCAAAGUCAGAAUGAGAAAUUAGAUGAUGAUGGGCAGGAGCUGAAGGAAGAAGCGCUUAUAUCUGAGUUAGGAGAUGCUUUGCCAUUUGAAGGAGCAGAAGAGACCUUGGAAGGUUCUCCUAAGUUCUGGAAGGUGGAAAAAGAGCAAGAACAGGACCAAGGACAGGCUAUUGCCAUAGACACUUCCACAGGGAUACCACCACCAUAUCAAAUUCCCCCAUCUCCUGAAGCAAGUCAUGACACUGAGCAGCAGGCAUUAGAGCCUGAGGCAAGUAGUAGAUCUUUUGCUGAAGACGAAGAUCGUCAAAAACAUCGCAUACCUUCUGCUCCCCACCUCCCUUCAUCUGAGCGGCCAGGAACAUCUCUGCAAGGCACCAUGUCAUCAUGUGCACUGAAUAUUGUUUGGUCAUUUGGACUAAACAAAAAUAUACCAGUCUUGAACCUGACAGAUGGAGUAAGAAAAGCCAUUAUGUACGCAUGUUCUCAUAUUGGCGUUGUAUAUGACUUUGAAAACAACAAGCAGUUCAUACUCCAAGCACAUCUAAACCCCAUCACCUGUGUGUGUGUCAGUGAAGACAAACGAUGGUUGGUUACUGGAGACAAAGGUGUGGAUUCCAUGGUCAAUGUGUGGGACACUUACACGUGCACUCCUAUACAGACUUUGUUUGAAGACGACCCUGAAGGAGGGGUAGUGGCCUUAGCCUUAACACCUGAUGCCAGGUAUCUUGCCACACUGAGCACAGGUCCAAUCCAGUAUCUCAAAAUCUGGGACUGGACUAUUGAUGGAGAAAUACCUUUGUGCUGUGCUAAGCUAAAUCCAGUAUAUGGCUUUCAGAACUAUGUUACUUUCAACGCAGAGAACAUUCAUCAUGUAGUUUCCAACAGUGAGACACAGAUCAUCUUCUACCAUUGGGAAGAGCGCUUCAUUGAGUAUUUUGUACCUCCCCUGACAGAUGAAGAUUUCAAUAGACCUGUAGGGCGAUAUUCUCAGUCUGUCUACAUGAGUAACAGUUCUCGUGCACUCACUGCUACCUCCAUUGGUAACCUUGUGGUCUGGGACAACAAUAAACCACUAACAAAAGUCAUUAGUACUGAACAGUCUGCAGACAAAAAGCCACUCAAGAUUGUCCGAGUUCAAGAAAGGGGCAUUAAUGUGCUGACCACAGCAGAGAAAUAUAUUGUGACUGGAGACCAAGCUGGGCAUGUGAAAUUUUUUGACCAGGAUCUUAAACUUAUUUACUGGUAUCAACAUUUUAACCUGGGGCCAAUUACCUCAGUGUCAUUUGCAGCUAAUCCAAGAUUUCAGCCCAUACAAAACAACAAUUAUCCAUCAGACACCACCAUUGCACGUCAAAAAUUUGUUGUACAAGACUUUGUUGUUGGGACCAGCAUAGCAACCAUUGGAAGUAUUACAGCAGAUGGAUCAAAAGUAAAGAUCAUCCAAAAUGAACAUGAUGCAGCAGUACAUGGACUUUCAACCCACCCUUAUCUCCCCUUGGUUGCUAUAGGCAGCUACUCUGGAUUAUUGAAAAUCUGGAACUAUGAAACAAAGGAAACAAUUGUGUCUCAGAAUUUUGAGAGUGGUAAUGCUGUGCAUUGCUUUGCUUAUGAUCCCAAAGGAGCUUAUCUGGUGGUUGGCUUCACCAAUGGGACUGUGCGUGUACUUGAUUCUCUCACUCUCAAAGAUGAACUUGCUGAGCCCUUUAAUUAUGCUCGUGGAGCAAUCACUCACAUUGCCUUUUCUCCGGACUCCCUUUUCUUCGCCACAGCUGAUGCCCAGUAUACUACAUCGUUGUACAAGGCAGCAUUAGACACAGAAUCGGCUCCCUUUGUCUACAUUGGUCGUUACCAUGCUCACUACAGGCCUAUCAAAGAGCUUCUUUUUGGGUUUCACUUAGACUCCAACAAGCCAAGACUUCUGUCUCUUGGUGCUGAUCGUAUGUUGGUUGAGUAUGACUUGGAAAACACAGUCAAAGAUAACAUCGUUUUGGCCAGUUCUGAACGUCUGGAGCAGAGUUCUGUUCCAACCUGCAUGACCUGGUACCCAGCUUUGACCAAGGAACACUUUAUCCUUACUGCAAAUGACCAGUUCAAGUUUAAACUCUACAAUGCUUCAACAAAAAUGUGCAGAAAAACACUCCUUGCACCAACUUAUGGGUCACCUGUACAAAAAAUGGCCAUAGUGCCCAGUAAAGUUGAUGAAGAAGCACACCGUUAUGUGGCGUACAUCACAGAUGACAAGGUGGGGCUCCUCAUCCUGCCUCUGGAUGGCAAUCCACACAACACCAUGGCUCUCAUCGCUCACCCAACUGGGGUUACCAACUUAGUGGUUAGUCAUGAUGGGCGCUACCUAUUCACAGCUGGUGGUCUGGAUGCCACAGUUCAUAUGUGGGAAGUCAACAUCAAUGCUUUGGAAGCACAAGCACGGCUGGGAGGCGAAGGCUUGCUGCCAUUCUAUGGGCUAAUGGAGGGUGGUCACAAUGGAGAGCUCUUCUCACAGCUAGAAGACUUCUUUUACUAUGCUCAAAUUCGAAGUCAAGGAGCAAAUGCAACAGAAACACGACAGGUGUCAACAGCAAUCCCUCUGGCAGAAGUACCUUUUGUCAUGCGAGCCCUGGGUUUCUAUCCAACUGAGCAAGAGAUUGAGGACAUGAUAAACGAAGUGAAAUUUAGCCAGUAUGUAGAGACUGGCCAAUAUGUGGAGGAAGUAGACCUGGAAACUUUCAUCAGAUUGUAUGUAAAUCACCGCCCAGCCUUUGGUCUGUCACCUGAUAAACUGCUUUGGGCAUUUGACACCCUGGGCACUCCCGGAUCAGUUGGACACAAAAUUGAGCGUGGCGAACUGUUGGAGCUCCUACAAAACAAAGGGGAACACAUGACAGAGUAUGAGCUAGCAGAGUACUUGAGUAUUCUGCUUGGCUUCAGCCCUGAUGAGGGCAGCGUUGAACUGAGUGAACAAGAUGCAACUCACCUGGGCGAUCUUAUUGACCAGAAUCUUCCACAGGAAAUUGAUGCCAACAUGUUUACUCAGGAAAUCCUUGGUUUCUCUACAUAUGCUGAUGUUACAGGGUCCUCUGCUGAGUGAUACAUGAUGACAUUGACGAGAUUCAAAUGACAAGUCUAGGAUGUGUUUAGCAAACGUGUUUAACAAACUGCCAGAAUAUGGAGCUGUCAUGGAUUUGUCAUGUAUCAACACAACUUAUUCAUUUAGCUCUUGUGCAUACACAUGUAUCUAGCUUCAGAAAACAAACACAGACAUAGGAACACAACUUAUUCAUUUCUGACUUGUGCACACAGAUGUGUCUACAACUUAUUUCUUCCUGAUUUGUGUAUAUAUACAUAGCUUUAGAAAAUAAAAACAGACCGAGUUUCACAAGAAAUAGGAAGUGAAAACAUUUGCACAGAUACAUGUAUAGACUUUCAUGCAAAUCUGUGUAUAUUUGGCUCACAUGUUUCAAUUUCACUUUCUGUAUAUAACUCUUAUUUUUGAGACAUUAAAUAUUUAUCAGUACAUAAAUACUCUGAAAUUUGUUAGGAGACUAUUAUAACUUUUUUUUAUUGAGUAGAAGGGUUAGUUACUUUCAUACACCAGACUUGGAAAAAAACAGUAAAAAGCGAGGCAAAGGAUGUCGGAACCACAUGGGCCCAACUGAGGUGGGGCUGCCCAAAACAGGGUCCGCUGGUGAGGUGUUGUUGUGGCUCUAUGCUUGUUGAGGAGUAACAAGGAAUAAAUUAAACUUAAGAAAUUUUGAUACACUGUGAAAAUAGAGUUUGGCUUGUGGAGCAAAAAGAAAACUGCUUCACGAAGAGCGGUCAUUUCAAAUACGCAAUAAAAAAAAAUGAGUGGUCCAUUCAAUGUGAAACAAAAUACCGAGACUGAGCCAUCAGUUUGUGCAAGUCACAAACUGUCUUUAUCUUGUGGGUGAGGGUUAAAGACCCUGGCUUCAGUAUCAGUGAAUGGAGGCAAAGGCAUGAGCUUUAAUAAAUGUGUGUCUGUGAUGGAAAGUAUCCACAUUUGAUUGUUAUCAUGCACAAAUAACAAGCCUGUAAUUGUUCACAUAUGCCUUGGUAUUUCCUCCCCCCUCUCUCUAUAUAUUUUCAUAACUUAAUAGAUGCAUGUCUUUGAUGGCCAUUAGCCAAACUUGAUUGUUUUUAUCAUGCACAAAUAGCAAGCCUGUAACUGUUCACACCAUAAUUUCCUGGUAUCCCACCAUCCCUCUCUUUCUAUAUACAUUUUCAUAACUUAAAAAAAUAAUGACAGCUAAAAGUUCACACAAAUCUCAUGCUUUUCUAAGACAAAAUUCCCCCCUCAAAGGAGUUUACAUUAAAGUCCCUUUAUAUUGUUGGUCAAAUGGAUCACAGAUGUGGUUGAACUGACUCAUGCAAUGGGCCAAAUCAUCUGGUGACCUUGAAAAUGGACUGUAUAACAUUCCUGGUAGUGUUGCUGGUCUAUUACAUUUGACCUAAAAGUGACUGAAAGACAAUGGUAAUUUUUUUAUGAUUAUAUUAAAUGAGGUUCAUAAUGAUUUAAAGUGCCAUAAAGUGUUAUUAAUUAAGCUGUUCAGAUAAUAUGAUAAUAUGUUUGGAUAAUAUGAAAAUUUCUCUGUCAGCAAACCAACAUUGAAAAUAAAGUACAGUAGGACAAGCA